GCGUUUCCUUCCUUAGGCACCUUGGUUUUCGCGUUUGAACGCGUUCUUUGAUCCACCAGCUAAUCCUGGACAAUCGCUCAACUCGACCACUCCUUCACCAAUUGACUUCUAACCAAGACAAUUUGGUGAAGCCUCAUACUACUGCAUAUUACUGUCUCCCAAAGAGACUUGCUGAGUUUGACUUGUCUGCAUUUACCCGCGAUUCUCUAUUGGAUCUAAACUUCUCCAGUCCUCAUUCUAUAAUCAACCUGAUCUUAGAUUGACUGCUAGUUUAUUGCCCUUAUCCUGUAAUGUGCUAGGGAGCCCGCCCUUAAUCAAUUACCUCAAUGCCUCUAUUUUCGAUAUCCCCAAAUAUCCAGGAGUCACCAACAACACCGUGGAAAAGAACGCACGAGGACUUUGUUGACACCCCUAGCCAGCUUGCCAUCGGAGAGCCUUCUCAUUCGGAGAACCCAGGAAAGCUGAAAUCUGCUGAAAUAUCUGUCCCUUCUAUUAACCCUCCACAGCUGCCUACAUCAAUGGCGACAAUGGAUGCAACCCCAGGAAGUAGCCCCGCGGCUUUAACUGAAGCCGGAUCCAGUCCAGCAAUGAGGAAAUCACUCUCACCGAAUAAGACACCCUUGUCAUCUCCCUCAGCAUCGGGCAGCACAGCUUCUCAGCCCACACAGACAGCUUUUCUUUCCGCGCCUACAACUCAAAAAGCCCAAGGAGCCAAGCGAAAACCCCCGUCAACCAUCGAGGAGAAGCUCAACGCUACUAAGCGACAGAAAUUGGGGGCUAAAGCAUCAGAAAAGCCCGAGAAGGAGGACGCUAAAGGUGCUGAGAAAGCUAAGAAAGAAAAGGAAGCCGAGGAGAAACGUCAAGCGAAGGAGGCGAAGGCGGCCGAGAAGGCCAAGAAAGAAGCCGAAGCAGCUGAGAAACGUCAGAAGAAGGAAGCCGAGGCCGCUGAAAAGGCUAAGAAGAAGGCUGCUGACGAGGCGGCCAAAGCAGCAAAGAUAGCCGAGAAGGAGAAAAAGGAUGCCGCUAAGGAAGCCGCCAGGCGCAAAAAGGAAGAAGCGAAAGGUCGACAGCAAAACAUGCUGGCGGUUUUCGUCCAGCGAGCUCUCAACGCACCCCCGAAGAAGGCUACCGAGCAAAUCACGGAGCCUUCUGUGGAAUCCGAUGUCGCUGCUAGUUCGCCGAAAGCUAAAUCUAAGCCGGAGAAGUCGGCGUACGACCGAGUAUUCCAGCCCUUCUUCGUCAAGCCCGACGUCACGCUAGCUCCACAGCCGUUUGAAAUGGACGACGAGACCAAAGAUGUCAAAUCUAGAAUUCUGGACCAGUACAUUCGUGGCGAGCGAGGCGAAUUCAACCCUAAGCCGUUCAAUCCAGCAGAAACCUUCAACUUGGCAUUCACACGGAAGCGUGGUAUGAUCCCGCCGAGCGUAAAGAGCAUCGUGGAGAGUGUACAUAACGAGGCUGAGCAGGCGGGUACAAAAACAGAGUCACAGGCCAAAAAACUAGCUGAAAACGCUCAAGAACGACUCAACGCCAUCACAAUGAAAUACCUAUCUUUCUACGAAGACGUCAGACCACCGUAUUUCGGAACCGUCACUACGCCUAUCGAGGCCACGAAACUCCGCUUCAUAUCCCGUAGAUCCGUCGGAAAAGUCCUCCCACUGAAUUACGACUAUGAUUCUGAGGCAGAAUGGGUGGAAGACGACGGUGAAGACCUAGACGAUGAAGAUGACGAUGACGAUUCUCAUGAUGGUGAUGGAGAAAUGGAGGACUUCCUCGACGAUUCUGAGGACCAACCUACUACGAUCCGACCAACUUUCCUUGGUGAAAAAGAGCCGGUUAGUACUGGUAUUUGCUUUGAGGAUCAAACGAGACUUGGCCCUUGUCCUACCACAUAUAAGUAUCAGCUCGAGUUCCUACUAGAUACACUCGAACACCAUUCAGGAAUUGAUCCCUUCUCAACUUCUUACUGGCCAGCUCCUGCGAAGAGAGUCACAACGAAGAGCGCAGUUACAUCUACGCCUGCCCCUUCUACAUCUAUGCCUCCGCCUGACGUACCCACAGGCGCUUCGGUGCUUGCUUCGGGUACAGGCAGUUCUCCCCCGGCAGUAGAGAACCAAAACGUAGUUCCAAAGGACGUCUUUGAUGAGUUCAGGCAAGCUAUCAUCAGCGAUGAGCUUAAAGAGUUUACCAAGGGUACGAUUAUAGAGAUGUUGGCGAAGAAGUUCCCCAGCUGUACGAAGACACAAGUGAAAGUGACAUUGGACAAAGUCGCCCACCGUGUUAGUGUCCCGGGUGCGAAGAAGAAUGUUAAGCAAUGGGCACUUCUACCAGCAUAUGCCUUGUGAUUUUGUUUUUGAAUUCGGCACAGCACAUUCACAUUGAGAGGAGUGGCGUUAUGAUACCAAUGCGUGGGAGAAGAGGAAUCUUCUGUUCAGGGGUUUAUGCAUGGCCUAGGUAAGGGGGAGUCACUGCUGUAUUGCAUUGCAUUGCAUUGCACUCCCAGAAGCAAUGGCGGACGCACCAUACAAGCUUUGCUUUUCUUGCAACAUGAAAGGAAAAGCCCACAUUUACUGUACAUUUUGUGUUUGGGAUUGCAAAAUCUCGUCGGCGGGGAUCUUUGCGAGAUCCGGUUUGGCAGGGGGCGAUUCUGGACGGACGGACGGACGGCUGGCUGGUUUUGAGUUUACAGGACAAGGUCAAAAUUAAUGACAUGGAACGAACUGAUUUCGAUUUCAAUGUAUUUCUUUUCUUCUCUUCGGUGACGUGACGUGAUGUUUGUGACGAGUUGCUUUCGUGAUUACAAUGCUUGAUUGUUAUUCUUUUCUUAUGUCUUUGUGUCUUGAUCCUGAAUAAGAUUUGUUGAUUCGACUUUGCAGUUGUAGUUGCAGUUGCUUAAUAGGACAAUUAUCAUAGUG